AUGGCUUCCUGCAGUCGUUCAGUUCGGUCUUUUCCUCGUUUUACUUAUGAUGAAGAAAUGGAAAGACUUCGGAAGUUAUUAGAAGAGGUUUCCUCAGAUGAAGAAACCAUUGAAGAAGAAAUAGAGGAUCCAGAUAAUGAAGACGUUUUCAGCGAGCACCAGUCUGAAUCAGAGGAAGAAUGCAGAUCUUCAGAUGAUGAAGUUUGUGAACAAACUAGCUUUUUUGUCGGAAAAGAUAAAACUACAAAGUGGCAGAAAGAACCUUUCAGAAAUCAGAAACGCAUACCUGUACAAAAUAUAAUCAAAAAACUGCUUGGCAAUACGCAAUUUUCUAAACAUGUUACUUCGCCAAUCGAUGCUUGGAGACUGAUAUUUGAUGAUUCAAUAAUAGAAAUGAUUGUGAAAUGCACUAAUACUUAUGUAGAAAGCAUUUCUGGACUAUUAUGUAUAGCUGGAUUGCACAAAUCUUCUCAUGUGAAUGUUAGAGACUUAUGGGCGACAGAUGGCACAGGAUUAGAUAUUUUCCGUAAAACUAUGAACUAUAAGCGAUUUCUUUUUAUACUUCGUGUCUUGCGAUUUGAUGAUAUUAAAACUCGGAAUGGCAGACGAAAGAUUGAUAAAUUAGCUCCAGUAAGAAACUUGUUUGAACAUUUUAUCAGGAACUGUCAGAAGUCAUAUCAUGUAGGUGAAUACGUAACAUUAGAUGAAAAACUAGAGUCUUUUCGAGGCAGAUGCUCCUUUCGACAGUAUAUGCCAAAGAAACCAGCAAGAUAUGGUUUGAAGAUAUUUGCUUUGGUCGAUUCUAGGACAUUUUACACGUACAACAUGGAAAUAUAUGCAGGUCAGCAGCCAGAUGGCCCUUACAAGAGAGAUAACAGUUCCUGCGAAAUAGCUAAACGCUUGCUAGCUCCAUUAUACAAUUCUGGAAGAAAUGUCACCACAGAUAAUUGGUAUACCAGUUAUGAAUUAGCCGAAUUUUUACAAAAACAAAAAAUUUCUAUUGUUGGAACAAUACGUAAGAAUAGAAAAGUUAUCCCACCUGAAUUAGCCUCGCAUAAAAAUAGAGAAGAACAUACAACUCUCUUCGUGUUUCAAAACAAUAUAAUGAUUCUUUCUUACAUGACGAAAAAGAUUAAUUGUGUAAAUCUUCUGUCAACCAUGCAUAAUGAUAAUCACAUUGACGAAAGUACAGGAGAUUUAAAAAAACCGGAGGUAAUAACAUUCUAUAACAUGACGAAAGGAGCAGUAGAUGUUGUCGAUGAAAUGGGAGGAUCUUACUCUGUUGCUAGAAUAUCUAACCGGUGGCCUAUGGUGAUAUUCUUUUCACUGCUAAACAUUACGGGAAUAAAUUCAAGGAUCUUGCUGUUAUCGACCAAAACCCCACCUGAAAAAUUCAGAAACAGGAGGCAUUUCUUGAAGGAUUUAGCGUUUUCACUUUUAGAACCUCAUAUGAAAUCAAGGCAAAAACAACAAGAGUUUCUGGAUGAACCACAAGCAAAAAAGCAAAAAUUAAGCUACCGUAGAUGCUACUUGUGUCCAAGAGAAAAGGACAAGAAAUCAAAAACUACGUGUUUGAAGUGUGAAAAAAAUAUAUGUCGAGAACAUUCAGUAAUUGAAGCGGUAUGUACAAACUGCAAACAAUCUAAUGUUUCUGAUCCAUGUACACCCUAA